UCAGUACGUUUCCAGAAAAUGGUUGGAUUGUGUGUUGAAUUUAGCUCUGACACGUAUUUUUAUCAAAGUCGUAAAUAGUUUGAGAAAAUUAUACAAUGUUGUCAAUUUAUGGAGUAUAAUUGUUAAGAAUUGUGGAUAAUCCUAUAAAAAUGGAGUUCCGUGAAACAUUAUUGGCUGCUCAACGAAAUCAACAAGGGAAGUCAUCUGCCAGUUCAUAUUACAAGGCGCGGUUUGAUCCUCCGAAAAAAGAGCAAAAACAAAAGGAUCGGUUGUCUGCGAACAUCCAGAAGUUUUUAGCUAAAAAAGAUGAAGAGGAAAAACAAAAGAAAUUAGAAGCUCAGAGGAAACGCGAGGAGCUGCUGGCGAUGCGAGAUCCCAAGGCUCUCAGGAAAAUACAAAAGACUCUAAAAGUGAUAAAAUCUGCUAACAAGUCUGUAUUAGAGGAUGCAGUGGACCGGGAACACACAGCUAUCACUCUGCAGGGCCCGGAGCAGCCAGACCAGGACGACUAUGGCUAUGAAUCACAGGAAGCGGCUGCUCUUUACCAGAAAAUGAUGCAAAAAUAUAGCAAGAUCCCAGAUGAACCCAAAUUUUCUGUAGCAAGCACAACGGUCAAGAAGGAUUUGAAUGGCACAAGAGAAAGAGUGAAACAUGCAUUACAGCACGAAGACGAGCCAGUACCUCACAAAAGGAGGAGGAGAACAGAGAAUGGAGAAAAAGAGCUGAGUCCAACACCCAAAGAAUUAGAUCGGAAGAAAGAGGACCAAAAGUCGGACAAACCUAAAAUAAGGAAGCCUAUGCCGCCACCCAUGGAUUUCAACCAGCUGUUGAAGCUAGCCGAGCAAAAGAAAAGUGAGCCCAUUGAAGUAGGUCCUAAGAAGAUGACUGCCGAACAGGAGGCUGAAAGGUUGAUGACCAAAAAACAGAAACGUGAAUAUGAGGAAGAGAUGGCGAGACGACAACGACGGCAAGAGCGACUGGAGGCGGAAAAGACAGGCGGCAAGAAAGGCCAGAAAGAAGACAGAUUAAUUGACAGAGAUAGGAAGCCUGAAACUACUGGGUUUGGAAGGAUUCCCAAACUAAAUGACAAAAAUAGCAAUCAUUCUAAUGAAAGAUCCAAGUCUUCCGAAAGAGACAGAGGUGAUAAAUUGCAGAGGGAUAAAGACAGGCAGAGAUUGGAAAGAGAAAAAGUUAUUCGCGAGAAUUUCGAGAGAGAACGGUUAGACAGAGAAAAAAUUAACAAGGAAAAGUUAGAAAAGGAAAGGUCGGACAGAGAUAGGCUGGACAAAAUGAGAGCAGAAAGGGAAAGGUUAGACCGGGAGAUAGAGAGGCUCAACAGAGACCGGGAGAGGUUAGACAAGACGAGAACUAAACUGGAAUCUAAAUCAUCGCCAGCUGAAAGAACUAGCAAAUCCGACAAAACUAACAUCAGUUCUAGAGAAUCGAGUGGGAAACAAGAGAUCAAGAACAACAUUGAUCUAAAGAGUCAAAACACUUAUAGGAUAGACAAAAAUUCUGAUAAGAAAUUAACAAUACCAAACAAGAAUAGUGAUGGCAAAUAUCCUAAUGGUCACACUCCAAAUGGAAAACCAGUGCCAAAGUUAGGUAGAGAACAAUUACAGAGAAAUGAUAGGGAUAAGCUUGCAAUGAUGAAACAAAAGUCUCCACUCGAUGGAUCUCCUAAACUAAAUGGAAGAUUAGAGAAUGGUAAACGUCCCGAAAACGGAAAAGUGCCUUUGAAAAAUGAUAGAAAUAUGCAACGUAGUAAGCCACUGCCUGGCUCUAGUAAAGAGAAAAUUUGUAAUAGUUUUGAUUUUGAUAGACAUGUUAAUUCUUUGAAAAACACGAAUGGGGUGAAGAGACCCGAUGGUGCAAAGCAGUUCCCACCGGGAGACGUGCGGCGGAAAAUGCAAGCUAAUGGCGGGAAGGGAAUGCCUAGACGUCGCGCUGUUAAUUCCGAUUCUGAGUAUGACUCUGAAAUGGACGACUUUAUAGACGACGGCGAUGAAAACAUGGACUAUUCGUCGCAUAUCAAAGAAAUAUUUGGUUAUGACAAGUCAAAAUACCGAGACUUGGACGACGAUGAUGACCCAAUGAUGGAGUCCAGUUUUGCUCGACAGCAGCGAGAGGAGUACAUUAGCAAGAAGAUCGGUAUCAUGGAAGAUUUGGAGGAUAUGAAGAUGGAGGCGAUGGAGAAGAAGCGGAAAAAGAAAACACGUCGCAUCAGCGACGACUGACGACAAAGAUAAAUAUCGGACCAAGAAUCACGUUUGUACAUUGCGUAUAUUUAGAGUUUAUUGGGAAAUAUUGUGUUUUAUAUGUGUAUAUGUAUAUUACUAGUUAAGUAUGUGAUUUAGUUGAUUUAUGUUUAAAAAUCUUUCCUCUUCUGUUGUAAAAUUUGCUUUAAAUCUAAUCACAAUAUAAAAACAUAUAAAUUUAUUUUUAAUUUUUAUUUCUAUAAAGUUUCAAAGUUUGCGUGUCAACUAAUAAAUAAUUAAGUGCUUUUAAUCUUUGCAAAAACGUAAAGAUUUGCCUUUGCCAGAUACUUUCAGGAAUUUGAUAAUUUUAUACACAAUAUAGUAAAUAUGGAAGUAAUAUAUAUUAGGUAUUACAUUUGAUUUUUCACUUUCUUAAUUUAUCUUCUUCUACAUUUCAAUCUUAUUAAUUAGCAUAUAAAGCUUUGGUGGUCGUGUUACAUAUUUUGCUAUUCUCACUAGUGGACCAAAAUAUUUGUGAAGCUAGCCAGAGGCUAAUCUGCAGGCAUUAAAAUAACAACUUCUUUUUAAAUUUUCAGAAAUUGCGCAUAUUUUAAGCUAAAGUAUGUUUGUCUGGAUAUUUAUAGUUUUUAUUACAUAAUUUCAGUUCGAAAACAAUCUAAAUAUAUAAUAGGGAGUAUUACUGCACAUUUAUCCCGCCAGAGUACAGCAUUGUAUGUUAGGUACACUAAAGCUUAGCCGUCUUUUGUUAUGUCGAUUAAAACGUUUAUUUUAGAGUACUUUAUUAUUUCUUACAUUAUGUAAGCAUUGGUUUGUGAAAAUAUACAACAAUGUAGCAUAUUCGGGUGCCGAAAUAUUGGGAAAAAUCGUUUUACAUAAGAUAUAAAAACUUCGAAAACUAUAGGAUACCCCUCGCGCUGUAAAAUCAGCCAGUAAACUGUCGAAAAGAAGCUUGGAACACUUCAUACGUGAAGAUUUUCAGUAAAAAUCAAGAAAAUCUGCAACAAUAUUGAAAUUGGCGCUUUUUCCUCCAUUGGCAAUAUUUGUGUACCUUAGUUGUACCAGUAGCGCCAUCUGCGCUGAGCUUUGUGUAAUAUGCCAAUAUUCUUAUAACUUAUCUCAUAUUCUUUAAGUAAAAAAAACGCUAAAAUAUAUACCACACAAAGAUUUUGGCCUUUAUGUAUGAGUCUGUGGAGAAUCUGGUUGAAGUUAUGUUGCGAGUUGUAAAUGCUACGUGACGUUAUAAUACUGCGUCAAAAAUAUCACAAAAAAUGUAUGGACAUUUUAAAAAAAGAUCGAUUGAUCUGUGUAUUCCUAUACUAUCAGUCACUAGAAAGUGUAGUUUACUAAUUCAAGAAAAUAUUUUCAUAAGAAUAUGUAUAUUGUAAUUCGUUACGGAAACAUAAAAUUCUUUUUUAUAAUUGAACAAUAAAUAAAACAGGCUUAGACAUAGAAGAAAAUAAAAAUAUAUUUUUUUCUUCAAUCUUUGUUAAAACAUUAACUUUUGCAGUUUUAUGUAAGUAUGUUAACUACAUAAAACUGUAAACAGUUAUAACCAUAGAAAUAGAACAGGUUAUUGGUUACAUAUACAAUUCUGUUUUUUUAUAUAAAAUAAAAUAUCGUUAGUAACAUUUAUGUUGUUUAUUUUAUGAAUACUACGAAUAUGUAGUAGUUAACUACUGCCUUUUUAAUAGAAUGCCUUACAUUUUUGUGAACACUUGUAAAAUUUGGUAUUUAUAUAAAAACUAUUAUAUAAAAUUGUAUAGCUUUGUUGUGAUUCAGAUAUAAAAGACAAAAAAAAGUUAACCAUUCAAAAUAAAAUAUUUACAUUUGAA